AUAAUGACACUUUUAUAUAAGAGUUAACAAGAUAAUUGAAACUAUGCUCAUAAAUUCUUCGCUCUGCACCCCGCGCUGUGUUUUUUAAAGAUAACUUCGAGCCCAGUAUUUUUGUCUACUUUCUUGCAGAACUGUAACACAUAUUCACACGGUUACUGUCUUAUCAAUAGAACAGCUUGUCAAAACACAUGUGCAACCUUGUCAUUUGCACUCAUUUUAAUUGAAAAUUACCGAAAUAGUACACACAGUUACUAGAAUAACAAGUUCACAGUUAUCAGCAAACCAAUCAAUCUAACGAUCUGACAGAGAUACCAGCUUCACGGUGAUUUUACAACGAAAGAUGUUCGCAGUACUAAAGUGCGAGUCGUCUGGACCAAUACCGCGUCACUCCAGCGAGUGGUUGUAAAUUUUUUAUAAAAAUACACUAUUCAUAGUCAGGGACAACAUCCAGAUUGCUUCACGAGAUGGUGAAAAUGCGGCGACGCCAAGUGAGGCGAAUGGUGAACAAACUGAUCUACUUCGUAGGCUCCAUAAUUUUGCUCUCUUUCCUCACCACAAUGAUGGUAGAGCGCCGCCUCCGCGAUGCUACUGAGCGUACCACGUUGGCAACGGACUUCAAUGGCGAUCCCGUUACGCCGGAAGUAUCACGUGUGCCCGUACGUACACCCCAUCCACCGAGGCCACCGGUGCAACAACGCAUGGCCGUACCACAAAAAGCAGCGGUUGUUCGCAAUGCGCCAGCGAGCGGUAAAGCCAAGAAAGAGAAAAAAAUUGUGAAGGGACUAUUUACAGUACCCAUAGCGGUGGGUGAGAAAAAAGAUUGGGAAGAUGUGGAGCUGAUGGAAAGUGACGCCAAGCGCAGUGGCUUAGGUGAACAGGGUAAAUCAGCUUCUGUGAAAGAUGAAAGUCUGAAGGAAUUGGAGAAGGAAAUGUCGCUGGCUAAUGGCUUUAAUGGGUUGUUGUCGGACCUCAUUUCAGUCAAUAGAUCGGUGCCGGAUGUCAGAAAUAAAGACUGCCGCCACAUACCCUACCUCGCCAAAUUGCCCUCCACCAGCGUGGUCAUACCCUUCUACAACGAACAUAACACUGUGCUGUAUCGCACCCUGUACAGCAUUGUAAACCGCACGCCACGUGAAUUGUUGAAAGAAAUCGUCAUCGUUGACGAUGGUAGCGAUCGUGAGUAUCUAAAAGCCGAGCUGGAAGAAUAUUUGGCGGAACACUUCGGCGAACUGGUUAAGAUCGUACGAUUGUCCGAGCGUUCGGGCUUGAUUGCCGCACGCUUAGCAGGUGCACGAGUAGCUACCGGGGAAGUAUUAGUCUUCUUCGACUCACACAUCGAGUGCAAUUACAAUUGGCUACCGCCACUAAUCGAGCCGAUCGCGGUGAACUACAAAAUAUCAACAUGCCCGAUUGUGGACGUUAUACAUCAUCACGACCUCAGCUAUGAUAGCGCAGGACAGGAAGGUUCACGUGGUGCUUUCGAUUGGAAAUUUAGCUACAAACAAAUGCCACUGCUGCCCGGGCAAGAACUAAACAAGACUGCACCCAAACCAAAUCCCAUCAUGAUGGGUGGACUGUUCGCGAUUAAUCGACAAUUCUUCUGGGAAUUGGGUGGCUACGAUGAGGGCUUGGAUAUUUGGGGCGCCGAACAGUAUGAGUUGAGCUUAAAGAUUUGGAUGUGCGGCGGCAUGCUGUUCGAUGUACCCUGUUCGCGCGUGGCGCACAUCUUUCGUGGACCGAUGGGCGAAAGACCGAGUCCGCGCAAACACAAUUUCUUCGCGAAGAAUUGCAAACGCGUUGCCGAAGUAUGGCUGGAUGAGUACAAGGAGUAUCUCUACAUGCGCAACCCACACGAGUAUGCCUCCGUCGAUGCUGGCGAUUUGACAGAGCAGCGCGCUGUGCGCGAACGCUUGAACUGCAAGUCUUUCAAGUGGUUCAUAGAGGAAGUAGCGCCCGAUAUGUUGGAAAAAUAUCCACCUCUCGAACCGCCAACUUAUGCCUCGGGUGCAGUGCAAAGCGCCGCCUAUCCACACUUCUGCCUCGACACUAUGAACAGGGGUAAGGAAGAAACUGUGGGUAUCUUCUAUUGCGCCGAAAAUAAAACACAUCCGCACGCCAAUCAAUACUGGGAAUUGAGUUUUUCGCGCGAUUUGCGGCAUAGCGACGGCGAACGCUGUUUGGACGUACAGUCGGUGGGAGAGAACGCGACAGUUUGGAUGUGGUCAUGCCAUGAACAGGGUGGCAAUCAGUACUUCUAUUAUGAUCGCGAACAUCAGUGGUUGGUGCAGGGUGACCGUGGACACAUGUGUCUAGAGGCCUUUGUCGAAGGUGAAGAGCAUGCGGUCUAUGCCAAUAUGUGCGACAACUCUAAUCCGCGCAUGAAAUGGAUCUUUGGUGUGGUCAAUGACACCGCGCUGGAUGCCUUCCAUGAGGAGCUGGACGUUUAGUACUUGGAAUAUGAUAUUCUUAUCUAUUUUAAUAGAUUUAAGUAACUGCAAUGCUUAGUAAUUGCAUUAGUUAAUGUGCCGCUUAGCGGUAACGGAUCUGCACAGUUGCUGCCACUUAUAUGUAUAUAGAUAUCUGUAAUUAACGGUGUUCUGUGCACGCCUUUAUCAAGUUCAUUUGAAAUACAGUUUUCUU